UUGGCUUGGCAUUGCUUUUGGCAGGUGGGUUAGUUUUACAGUUGUCAAAAAAAUUGAAUUUGUUGAUUUACUGAAAAAAAUGUUGCGUUUCACCGCUUAAAAACUUGUAAUAUUUCAAUGUUUACUUGUGUUAUACUGAGUCAGUGCAUCAAGUUUCCUUGAAAUGGAGUCAGACUCUGCUCUUCACGGUGAUAUUCCCGAUGGCGCGGAAAUGUCCCCUUUGGUUGAAAACCAAGCCGAAACAGUCGAUGAUAACAAUGUAGUACCCGAGGAAGCUGAAGAUGCUCAGACUUCAGAAGAUGCAGCAACAAAUGGGGCUGCACCAACAAGCAGCAGUGAUGUCCUGGAUUUGGAACCCAUUGCAGAUUUGCCUGAAAAUGAAGAACAGCAUGCUGAGCCAGCAGAUGCAGAUCCAGAAGAAGAAAUGGACAUAGAUGAUACAACUCCAGGGACUGUUGGUGACGAGUCAGCCUACAUUGGGGAUAACUGUCUAUCAACACCAGCUGAAACUGAGGAGAACUCUUUACAAGAUGACAACCAAUUGGAACCUUUAUUAAAGGAGGAAGGAAUAGACGAGGGAGAGGGAGUCGAAGGAGCCCAAGAGGAGUCCCCAGAUCAGUCCAUAAGCUCCGCCAUGCCCAUUGAAGGAGAUGGUGCUCCACUGAUACAAGACGAAGAGUCGAGUACAAUGGAUGAAGAUAUGGGUGGUGGUGAAGGAGUAGCCAGUAGUGAUGACGUAAAUGAUAUUAGCAGUGCAGCACAAGAAGUACUUAGUACAGGAAUCAGUUCUAGCACAACAGAAGGUGGUGCAGACAUAUCAAGUAGUGGUCAAACGGAAGCUGCUCUCAUAUCUUCAACCGCUAACGGCCCGGCAGUGCUUCAUUCCUUCUCUGUGCUACCUCAAGUGCAACCGACGAAUGAGUUCAAUGACGCUGACACGUCUGAAAUGGAAGGUGCGGCGGACACGAUGCCCUCGGUGAGCGAGUCUAUGCCUCUUCUCACCAUGACAGCGAAUGGAUCUGCGUUGCUUUCACCCAAUUUACUUCAAGGGAUAUUCCAAAGCGAGGAAGGAGGCGCAGCGAGCGUUUCCUCCUCUGGAACGGAGGGUGCUGGUGCGGAGGCGACGGGUGCAGGCGAAGGGGAUGGAGCCGUGAGCAGCUCUGGCCCCGCUGCCGCCGGUGCUAACGGAGCACCGCCAAUACCGCCCACGGACGCUGCGCAUGCGCUCGCCACACUAGCCAGCGCCGCUUUACAUCAUCAACACGAACAGGCAGAACCUGAGGAUCAAAAGCCAGUCAAUGAUGAAGAUGCGUGGUACACUGUGGGCUUUGUGAAAGGAACCACAUUUACGGUGCACAAUUACAUAUCGGAUCCGAACGUUGAUAUAUCGAAUCUAUCGCUGGACAGUAUGCCGGAUUUCGCAACUUUACCUACAUCACCAUUGGAGCACGGCACAGCAUACAAAUUCAGAAUUGCCGCUAUAAACUCUUGUGGGCGAGGAGAGUUCAGUGAGGAGUCAGCAUUUAAAACGUGCUUGCCCGGCUUCCCGGGCGCGCCGUCCGCUAUCAAGAUCUCCAAGUCGGUGGAGGGGGCGCACCUGUCCUGGGAGCCACCGCAAGUCGCCGCUGAAGGCAUCUUCGAAUAUUCAGUAUAUCUCGCAGUACGCUCUAACUCACAACCUAAGGAGGCGUCAAAGUCGCAGCUGGCGUUCGUGCGAGUGUACUGCGGCAAGGCCAACACGUGCGUAGUCCCGCAGGCGUCGCUGAGCGCCGCGCACGUGGACUCGUCCACCAAGCCCGCGAUUAUCUUCCGCAUCGCCGCGCGCAACGACAAGGGCUACGGGCCCGCCACUCAAGUCAGGUGGCUUCAAGAUAUUAAGUCAACGGGGAUGAAAAGGGCAGGCGAAGGGCGGUUACCAGGAGCAUCUCCGUCAAAACAACCAAAACAGUUAAUGCACUGAAUGUUUAAUUCUGAGGUUUUACUUCGAGUACAUUGUUGUAUGAAAAUAUUUAAAUCCACUGAGGCCUUAGUGUAAAUUUUAAAAUUAUUUAAAUUUGAUUUCGUAACAGCUGGUAGGGAGGCUCUUGGUUACCACCCUACCGACACUGAAGACCCCUAAACGAUUUAGCGUUCCGGUACGGUGACGCGUAGAAACCGAUUAGGGGUUUGGCUUAUAACAGGUUAGCCCGUUACUAUCUUAGACUACAUCAUCACUUACCAUUGGGUGAAAUUGCAGUCAAAGGCUAAAUUGUAAUAGAAUAAAAAAAACAGCAGUAACUUCAUAUAAUACACUAAGGCGAUUGUUCUGUAUUUGUGUGCUUGUUGCACAUUUUAAUAUAUGUAGUACACAUAGCAAGUUAUAUUUUCUAAUAAUGUUAAACAAUCAUAAAUAAUAUUGCGAUAUCUGGUUUAUUUCCCGGAGCGUGGUCGCGUGGGUGAAUGAAAUGUUUAUGACUCGUGUUUUGAUGACAGAUUUAUUUUUAAUAUGUAAUAAGUGACUGAUAAGAUGAAGUUGUGUAAGUAUCAUAAAUAGAAUAAGUGCAAAAUUAUAUCUGUUAUGUAAAAUAUCCAUUCAAAGAAUAAACAUCAUUUUGAAAUAUUU